AGCAGAUCCGGAUUUAGGAAAUCGUUAUUGCACCCGGAUAUGUAGUUCAGCGAGAUAAAUAAGAAGGCGAUGGGAAAACCAUGACACGGGGAUAAAUAUGUGUGCCGUUUGGUAAGCUAACACGGAGAAGACUUUUCGUCCAAGAUGAAGAUAUUGCUAUUUAUAGUUUUAUUAUGUUUCAUUGUUCGGAAUACACAUCAACAAGGUAAUGUUUGUAAUGUGACUAGGGACAUUAUUUUUUUAAUUGACGGAUCUAACAGUAUCACCGAUGCGGACUUCCGACAACAGAAACAUUUUGUGGCUAAUAUGAUAGAUAAUUUUAAAAUUGGGAAAGAUUUUGUACGUGUUGGAAUUGUGGUAUUUAGCAGUACCAUAGGUGAUAUUGUUCACCUUCAACCAUCAAAAUCAAAAGAUGUAUUGAAAAGUUUAGCAAACAAUUUACGACAUCCAAAAAAAGGGACUAAUACAGCAUUGGGAAUUAAACGCGUUCGACAAAUGAUGCGAGAAGAAGGACGGUCUUUCGCGUCAAAAACGAUGAUCGUUGUUACCGAUGGUCUAUCAGCCUCACCAUUUCGCACAUAUUUGAUGACUUCUUUGGCCAAGGCGGAAGGAAUUAUUGUUAUUGCAAUUGGUGUAGGAAACCCAACAUUGAAGGAUGAGUUGAAAAUUAUUGCAAGUAACGGAGAGAAAAUGUUCCAGGUGACCAGAUUUCAAGAUUUGGAAUUGAUUAAAAAUGUUGUGGGAAAUUCUAUUUGUCAACGUAAGUAUGUUUAG